AGACAUCAUGUCCUUCAAUCGUUCUUCAUCUUCCUCCAUGCGGAGCUCCUCCAGCAACAUGAUUGGCAUGAGGGCGGGCAGCGUGUACGGCGGGGCGGGAGGCCAAGGGAGCCGCAUCUCCAUGGGAGGAGGCGGUGGCGGAGGCGGUGGCGGAGGCGGCAGCUACGGCAGCAUCUCCAUGGGAGGAGGCGGUGGCGGAGGAGGCAGCUACGGCAGCAUCUCCAUGGGAAGAGGCGGUGGCGGAGGAGGCAGCUACGGCAGCAUGAGCACGAGCUUCAGCAUGGCUGGUAUGAAUGACAGUAUCAUUGGGAAUGAAAAGGCCACCAUGAACAACCUGAACGACCGCCUGGCCACUUACCUGGACAAGGUGCGCAGCCUGGAGAAGGCCAACGGAGAGCUGGAGCUGAAGAUCAGACAGUUCCUGGAGAGCAAGGCCGGCCCCAGCACCCGAGACCACAGAGCCUUCACCGCCACCAUCGCAGAACUCACCGCCAAGAUUCACGGCGCCAUCAGUGUGAACGGAACAAUUCAUCUCACCAUCGACAACGCCAGGCUGGCUGCAGACGACUUCAGGACCAAGUAUGAGAACGAGCUGGCCAUGCGUAUGUCUGUUGAGGCUGACACCGCCGGACUGAAGAGAGUCCUGGACGAGCUGACCAUGAGCCGGUCCGACCUGGAGAUGCAGAUCGAGGGUCUGAGAGAGGAGCUGAUCUUCCUCAGGAAGAACCAUGAAGAGGAGCUGCUGGCGAUGCGUGCUCAGAUGAGCGGCCAGGUACACGUGGAGGUGGACGCCGCUCAGGGUCCCGACCUCAAUAAGGAGAUAGCUGAGAUCAGAGAGUACUACGAAAGCGUCACCGCCAAGAACCAGAGAGAGCUGGAGAUCUGGUUCCAGACAAAG